GACCCCCAUCCCCCGUUCCCCCCGGAUUCUCCCGUGCUCCAUCGGACGCACGGGCUCACCGCCCCCCGCCCCUCCUCUCCACCAAGAAACUAACCAACGCAAACGCCAACCACCGCCGCGCCAAUCGCCUCUUUCGUUGCCCUCGCCGCCGGCGGCGACAAGGAAGGACACAGAGGGAGGCACCUGUUCUCAUGGUGGCGAGCGUCGCCGCGGCGCACGCGGCCGCGGCGUCGGCCGGGGGGAGGCGGGCGAGGAGGGAGCCGGCGUCGAUGCACGCCGGGAUCAGGCGGUCGCGGUCCGAGCCGCACCUCCGGUGCUCUCGCCGCGGGGGUGCGGCCGGCGCGGCGCUCACCACGAGCCGGUCCAUCGGCGUGUUCCCGUUCCAGUUCGGCGCCGCGCCGCUGCGCACGCCGCCGCUCCCCGACGGCGGCGGCGACGGGUCGCGGCUGCUCACCGUCGCCGGGCCCGACGACGAGCCCGACGACGCCCCCGGGCCGGAAAUGCCGGCGGCCAGGCGGCGGCCCGACGCCCACUGGCUCGACCGCCUCCUCGAGCUCCGGUCGCGCUUCCACGACCCGACCAAGCGCCACUCCUCCGACAACAAUGGCCUCAUCUUCCAAGACGACGACGACGACGACGACGUCUACCACCUCGACGGCGACGACGGCUGCGGCGUGAACUACGAGGACGACGACGAGCAAGUGGAUGACAGGUGGGACCGGGAGUCCUUCAGCAAGCUGCUGGCGCGGGCCCCACUCGGCGAGGCACGGCUGUUCGCGCAGCUGGCCUUCCUCUGCAACAUGGCUUACGUCAUCCCGGAGAUCAAGGUUGAGGAGCUGAAGAAAUACUACGGAUUGCGGUUCGUCACGUCGUCGCUGGAGAAGAAGGCCGAGGCCGGCGAGAUCCGCUCCAAGCUGGACGUCGACUCCACGCGGCCGCGCGCCGCGCCGGCGUGCGAGGCGGCGGCGGCGACCACCUCGGGGCCGCAGCCGCGGCGGCCGAUCCGGUCGCACCUGGCCUACGAGGUGGCCGCGUCGGCCGCGUCGUACGUGCACGCGCGCGCGCGCGGCCUGCUCUCGUUCGGCGGCGCCGGCGGGCAGCAGCCGCGGGCGGAGGAAGGAGGGCACGGCCGGCUUUACAACUCCGGCGUGGCGGCGUACGUGGCGGCGUCGACGGUGACGGCGGUGGUGGCCGCCGAGGACGAGGCGCGGCAGGAGGCCGCGCGCGACCUGCGCUCGCCGCUGUCCUCGCCGUGCGAGUGGUUCGUUUGCGACGAGGCCGACGCGCGCACCCGCUGCUUCGUCAUCCAGGGCUCCGACUCGCUCGCAUCAUGGCAAGCCAACCUCCUCUUCGAGCCCACCAUGUUCGAGGAGACAGGGGUGCUGGUGCACAGGGGCAUCUACGAGGCGGCGAAGGGCAUCUACGAGCAGCUGAUGCCGGAGAUCGCGGCGCACCUGGCGGCGCACGGCGAGCGGGCGCGGCUGCGGCUGACCGGCCACUCCCUCGGCGGCAGCCUGGCGCUUCUGGUGAGCCUGAUGCUGGUGGCGCGCGGGGUGGUCGGCCCGGAGGCGCUGCUCCCCGUGGUCACGUUCGGCGCGCCGUCCGUGUUCUGCGGCGGGCAGCGCGUGCUGGACGCGCUCGGCGUCGGCGAGGGCCACGUUCGCUCCGUCGCCAUGCACCGCGACAUCGUGCCACGGGCCUUCUCCUGCCGCUACCCCGGCCACGCCGUCGCGCUCCUCAAGCGCCUCAACGGCGUGCUCCGCAACCACCCCUGCCUCAACAACCAGAGGAUGCUGUACACGCCGAUGGGCACGACGUACAUCCUGCAGCCGGACGGCGCGGCGUCGCCGCCGCACCCGUUCCUGCCGGAGGGGGCGGCGCUGUUCCGGCUGGACCCGGAGGGGCGAGCCGAGCGGCCGGCGAGGCACGUGGUGGCGAGCGCGCUGCGGGCGUUCCUCAACUCGCCGCACCCGCUGGAGACGCUGAGCGACCUGUCGGCGUACGGCUCCGAGGGCGCCAUCCUCCGCGACCACGAGUCCAGCAACUACUUCCGGGCGCUCAACGCGCUCACCAGGGUGCCGCGCCGCCGGAAGCAGCCGGAGAUCGUGUGGCAGCUGCCCGGCGUCGAGCGGCUGCAGCAGUAUUGGUGGCCGGGGAUCGCCGGCACCGUGUUCCCGGCGGCGCCGCCGGUGUCGGUCCGGAACAAGGAGCUGGUCUCCGAGGCCUGAGUCGCUCGGCAUUGAUCGCCAUUUGUUUUUGCUCGCUUGAGCAAGAGUGUACAUUCUUUGGGUUCUUUUGGUUCUUUGGUUGGUUCAUCGAAUCGUACAUACAAAAGGGUAUAGCCUCUCUCUUUGUUGUAGGUUUUUUUUUCUUUUUUUUUCAUGUGUAAAUUUGUAAGGAAAUGGUAGUAGUGCCUGUCCCGGUGGCUUGCGAAGCUCUGCAGGCUGCUGAAUAAAAAUGGCAACUGUUCUUGCCAUGGGUUCAUGUGGUAUAGUGAACUCAUGUAAAUCUGCUGCUUCGAUGAGGAAUGAAAUUUUAUAUUACGGAUUUUAGUGCUGGCAA